GCAGCAUUAGAGAGACAGAUCUUUGACUUCCUUGGUUUCCAGUGGGCUCCUAUCCUUGGCAAUUUCCUACAAAUAAUAGUUGUCAUUUUGGGUUUGUUUGGAACCAUCCAGUUUAGGCCUCGUUAUAUAGUCGUGUACACGGUGUGGACUGCCCUGUGGGUCACCUGGAACGUUUUCAUUAUCUGCUUCUAUUUGGAAGUAGGCGGACUUUCUAAGGAAACGGAUCUCAUGACCUUUAACAUCUCAAUGCACCGCUCUUGGUGGCGGGAGCAUGGGCCCGGCUGCAUACGAAGGGUGGUGCGUCCUUCUGCCCCUGGCAUCCUAGAUGAUUACUCCUAUGUCUCUGUGACAGGCUGCAUGAUUGAUUUCCAGUACCUAGAGGUCAUCCACAGCGCUAUCCAAAUACUCCUCUCCCUGAUUGGAUUUGUGUAUGCCUGUUACGUGAUCAGUAUUUUCAUGGAGGAAGAGGACAGCUGUCGAAGUAAGUAAUGAACAUGGACUCAAGACUUCUGCUGCUGUAGCUGAAGAACCAGAUUUUAGAAGAAAAGACCAACCUUGCAACUCAUCAUUCUGGAAGAAACCCACCAUCCGUUUCUCACGGCAUGUGGAUUGUUCUUCCCACAGGCUCAGCGUCAUUAUCAGCGUUGUUAUUUCAUAGAUCCUUGUAGAUGAUCUUGAAUUUUUGAAUAAUUUACUUAUAUGGACACUUGUAAAUUGUAAAUUUUUUCUUUUUUAAUUUCAGUAUUUUUACAACAUUUAGUGUUAAGGCAUGAAAACAAAACAACCUGUGAAAACUAGGAGAAAGGUGCAUCUUUCUCAAAAAAAAGUCAGUAUUUUUUGACUGAUAGAAUCAUACUGUGCCUGGUCAAGAUUGUGUCAGUAAACAGUAAUUCUGACU